CUCAUUUAAACGACGGAGUAACUACAGUACCGGAAGUCCUGCUGUUUACGAAAAUUCUAGUAAGUUCGAGUGAAUGGCUCUCCCAGGUGUGAAUAAGGACAACAUCCGCGCUGGGUGUAAAAGAUGCGGCUAUCCCGGUCACCUGACGUUCGAGUGCAGGAACUUUGUGCGCGUGGACCCAAGGAAGGACAUCGUGUUGGAUGUGAGCAGUACAAGCAGCGAGGAGAGCGAGGAGGAGGAGCAACAGCAGGACGUGCGGAAGGAGAAGAUCUUUGGGAGCAGCCGCUCUAAAGAUUCACGAAAAGAGAAACAAAAAAAAAAGAGGAGUAAAGAGCGAUCUCACCGAAAGGCAAAGAAGAGGUCUCAUUCAUCCAGUGAUGAUGACGAUGAUGAGGAAGAUGCCAGCAGGAAGAAAAAAAAGAAAAGCCACAAGAAGAAAGGCAAAAAGGAAAAGCCAAAGAAAGAGAAACACAGCAUGAAGAAGCGUAAGAAGCAACACACACAGCCUUCGUCAUCCUCCUCUUCCUCUAACAGCUCGAGUGACUCCCCAGAUACAGACUGAAACUCGACGGCCACGACAUGAGUUUAUCUCCUAAACAACAGUGUGUGAGGCUGCGUGAAGAGAGACAGACAGCUGGGGUUUAGCGUUUCUCUGUUGCUCUUUACAGCUUCUGAUUUUCUCCAAACAGUUUCAACCCCAAAUCCAUACAAGGAGUGUAAACUUUUGCACUCAGCUGUUUGUGUAAAUUUGUUGCUGUUUUAGUAGUGAAUUAUUGUCUUUUAUUUACAUCUGUGAUGAGUUUUGUUCGCUGUUUUUUUCACAAUAUUGGUCAAUUUUGUACAGAAAUAAAAUAAUACAAUUGAC